UUUAUCUGUCAGUCAAACGAGUCCGCGUUUCGUAGUGGAGGGUUUCUUGCCGCUUUCGCCUGUUUAAUAAAAUUAUUUCUAAAUGUGCUCAUAAAUAGAUGAAAUACUAAUUUGGUGUGAAUUAAUUUGCUUUCAACAUGUUGGUUCUAUUUGAAACCCCGGCGGGCUACGCUAUUUUCAAGUUGUUGGACGAGUCUAAAUUGUCAGAAAUCAAUGAUUUGUACCAGGAAUUCAACACCCCUGAGGGAGCAUCAGCAGUUGUCAAACUGAAGAACUUCAUCAAGUUCGAAGACACAACAGAGGCUCUAGCUGCCACUACAGCUGCUAUUGAAGGCAAAAUUUCAAAGCCAUUAAAGAAAGCCUUAAAGAAAUAUGUCUCUAAGGAUAUCCAAGAUCAGUUACUGGUCGGAGAUGCUAAACUAGGCAGUGCCAUUAAGGAGAAGUUUGAUUUACAAUGUGUUGCCAACUCAAAUGUCCAAGAAUUGCUGAGAUGCAUUCGCUCACAGAUGGACAGUCUGCUCGCCGGCCUGCCAAAGAAAGAAAUGACAGCCAUGGCGCUCGGUUUAGCCCAUUCCUUAUCCCGUUACAAGCUUAAGUUCUCUCCUGACAAGAUUGACACCAUGAUUGUGCAAGCUCAGUGCCUCCUUGAUGACCUUGACAAGGAACUCAAUAACUACAUCAUGAGAUGUCGGGAAUGGUACGGCUGGCACUUCCCCGAGCUUGGCAAAAUCAUCACCGACAACACGCUCUUUGUCAAAAUUGUCAAACUUAUCGGCACCCGUGAUAAUGCUUCUAAAACUGAUCUGUCAGAUAUCUUACCUGAGGAUUUGGAGGAGAAGGUGAAGGAGGCUGCGGAGAUAUCCAUGGGUACAGAGAUCUCGGAUGAUGAUAUUUUGAAUAUUCAGAAUCUCUGUGAUGAGAUUAUUUCUAUCACUGAUUAUAGGACACAUCUGACUGACUACUUGAAAGCCCGUAUGAUGGCCAUGGCACCAAACUUAACAGUUUUAAUCGGAGAGCAUAUUGGAGCGCGCCUUAUUGCUCACGCAGGCUCAUUAAUGAACUUAGCCAAGCAACCAGCUUCAACUGUACAGAUCUUCGGUGCCGAAAAGGCCUUAUUCAGAGCUUUAAAAACUAAAAAAGACACUCCGAAAUACGGUCUAAUUUACCAUGCUCAGCUAGUUGGUCAAUGUAGUACUAAAAACAAGGGUAAGAUGUCUCGUAUGCUGGCAGCGAAGGCAGCUUUGGCGACGAGAAUGGAUGCGUUUGGAGAAGACGUGUCGUUCGAGUUAGGGGCGGAGCAUAAGGUGAAGCUGGAGAAUAAGCUGCGGUUGUUGGAGGAAGGCAACUUGAGAAGAAUCAGCGGGACGGGCAAAGCUAAGGCCAAGUUUGAGAAAUAUCACAGCAAAUCUGAGGUGUUCCAAUACCCGGUGGCGGCGGACAGCACCCUGGAAAAGAAGCCAGUGAAGAGGGAACACUCUCCGGAACCAGAGACCUCCACAAAGAAGAUCAAGCUAGAGGAUGGGGCCAAUGAUGUCACACCAAAGAAGAUCAAAAAAGAGAAAGUCAAGGAAGAGCCCGCCGAAGAGCCGGCCGAGCCCACAUCGGAGAAGAAAAAGAAGAAGAAAAAGAAAUCCCUAGACGCUUCUCAGGCGGACACGACCGUGGAGAAUGACGAGGUGGACGCUCCCACACCCAAGAGUGAGAAGAAGAAGAAAAAGAAGAAGAGUAUCGCAGAGGAAUAGGUAGCUCUGUAGGGUAUAAUGAAAUGAGGGUUUGAGCGCGCUCCAUACAGAUUUUUUUGCUACCUAUUUGAUUAUUAAUUGGCCGCCAUAGGAAGAAGUAUGUGUAGUUUAUGUAGUGACUAGAACAAGUCUAAAGCGAUAUAAUUUUAUUUUUUAACUUGUCAGACUUUCGGCAGGGUUGCACCAGCUGUUGUCACAGAUGUGUGACGUCCCAAUCCCAUAUGUGAACAUACAAUCACCACACGGGAUUGUUAUGCCAUUUAGGGUUCUUCCUAAAUUGGAAAUUCUACAGCGUAAAUAUUGAACAACCAAUUUAGCUAGAACCCUAAAUGACGCGGAGCGUGAUAGUACAAACGUGAGAGUUUAUAGUGUUUUGUAUGUAAUUUGUAUCAUUUAUGACUAAUUGUUUAUUGAAAAGGCAGGUGAAAAUUUGUAUGGAACGUGCCCACGCACAAUUCAAAAUGACGCAUUUUUAUUACGGGUUCAUACUGCCCCGGUAUGGCAGACUGUAUUAUCAUUAUCAUACUAAAUAAACUCAAGUUAGCUCAAGUUUCCUAUAGGUAGCAUUACCUAUAUAAUAUUACUUGACAUUACAUAAAAGUAACUGUCAGAAAAUUAGCAAAUUUUCUGACAGUUACUUUUAUGUAAACAAAUCUUAGCAAUUUCGUUUAUGUAACAAGAUAGGAUCUAAGGCCUGUGCACACUGGAUGCGUGUGCGUAGAUGCGGCUUAAGAUUAAAAGGUGCAUGUCCUACCAAAGUUAGAUCAAGAGGAGUCUGCAGCGAUUUGGAUAGCCCACGCAGUGCAAGUGUUAUUUACUUAUACGUAAUAACUUCAUAGGAGUCUGAAAUAUAAAAAAAACACUUACAGACUUUUCUUGGUCUAACUACAUGAAUGAAGACAAUUUUUCUGUAAUGACCCGUAUAAUAUGCCAUAGAUAAUAAGUUAGCUGUGUAUUUCUGUUGGAUGUAAGUGCAAAUUACAUUGUUAAGUUGGUAAUGCCUCACAGAAGUGAGUUUAUAGAAAUAUAAAUUUUACUUUAUUA